AUGUCUAUCAGGUGGAUUUCUGCUCUGCUCCUGCUGCAGAUUAGUUACUGCUUUAGAUCUGCGAACAGCGGGAAGGUGUUGGUGUGGCCCAUGGAAUUCAGUCAUUGGAUGAACAUAAAAACAAUACUGGAUGAACUUGUUCAGAGGGGCCACGAAGUCACUGUUCUGAGACCUUCGGCUUACUAUGUUCUUGAUCCAAAAAAAUCACCUGCACUUAAGUUUGAAACAUUUUCUACUUCUGUCAGUAAAGAUGAUCUGGAAAAUUAUUUCGUAAAGCUUGUGGAUGUGUGGACUUAUGAGAUUCCAAAAGAUUCAUGUUUGUCAUAUUCAUCUUUACUGCAAAAUAUGAUCAAUGAAUUUUCUGAUUAUUAUCUAAGUCUUUGUAAAGACAUUGUUUCAAACAAACAGCUCAUGACAAAACUACAGGAAACCAAGUUUGAUGUCCUUUUGUCAGAUCCUGUUGCUGCCUGUGGUGAGCUGAUAGCCGAACUGCUCCAGAUUCCUUUUCUGUACAGUCUUCGCGGCUCUCCAGGCUACACAAUUGAAAAGUCCAGUGGAAGAUUUCUACUCCCUCCCUCUUAUGUACCUGUACUUCUGUCAGGAUUAGGUGGCCAAAUGACAUUCACAGAGAGGGUAAAAAAUAUGAUAUGCAUGCUUUAUUUUGACUUUUGGUUCCAGAUGUUUAAUGGCAAGAAAUGGAAUUCAUUUUACAGUGAAUAUUUGGGAAGGCCCACCACCUUAGCUGAGACAAUGGGCAAAGCAGAAAUGUGGCUCAUUAGAACCUACUGGGAUUUGGAUUUUCCUCACCCAACCUUACCAAAUGUUGACUAUGUUGGAGGACUCCAAUGCAAACCUGCUAAACCCUUGCCUAAGGAUAUGGAAGAAUUUGUCCAGAGCUCUGGAGAGCAUGGCGUGGUGGUGUUUUCUCUCGGCUCAAUGGUUCUUUGGAAAUUUGAUGGCAAAACCCCAGCAACCUUAGGACCCAAUACCAGAGUCUACAAGUGGCUUCCCCAGAAUGACCUUCUUGGUCAUCCAAAAACCAAAGCCUUUGUAACUCAUGGUGGAGCCAACGGUAUCUAUGAGGCGAUCUAUCAUGGAAUCCCUAUGAUUGGCAUUCCUAUGUUUGCAGAACAACAUGACAACAUUGCCCACAUGGUGGCAAAAGGAGCAGCUGUUACACUGAAUAUCAGAACAAUGUCAAGGACAGAUAUGCUCAAUGCCCUGGAGGAAGUCAUAGACAAUCCUUUCUAUAAAAAGAAUGCUAUGUGGUUGUCAACUAUUCACCAUGACCAGCUUACUAAGCCCCUGGACAGAGCAGUCUUCUGGAUUGAGUUUAUCAUGCGCCACAAAAGUGCCAAGCACCUGAGACCACUUGGGCAUAACCUUACCUGGUACCAGUACCACUCUCUGGAUGUGAUUGGAUUCCUGCUCACCUGUGUGGCAGUUAUUGCAGCCAUUGCUGUAAAGUGCCUCUUGUUUGUGUACCGACUCUUUGUAAAGACAGAAAAGAAAAUGAAGAAUGAGUAG